UUGUUGUUGUGACCGACAAACAAUCAAUCGUUCAUUUACUUAUAUUUGUACUCCGAAAUAAACAGAAGAUUGUUUCAUUUCACUUUGGCGAUGGCGAGUUUGGAUGACAAGUGGAAAGCUGUGGACAACUUUGAGUCUGUUGUGGUAGUAGAUCGUGAAAGAGAUGUUGUUCGAGUGACAAAAGAACUGUAUGAUCUUCAUAGCAACAGAGAACAACUCAGGGGUGUAACAAGUAGUUGCAACUAUCGCUUGACCAUACCAUUUGCCCCCCAUCAUUUUGGCUCUGGCAAAACGACCUUUGCCCGAACUUAUUUGGAGUUGGUGCAAAGGUUUGGUGAAACUUUUCUGUCGAAAUUUGCUUCGGACCCUUUGAGAAGAACCUUUUUGGAGAAGCUGAAAAGGGCUUCGUUGCUUUAUGUGGAUUUGAGGAAGUUGAAGCCAACUCGACCCAUCGAGGAAAAACGCAACCUAAAGUGGGCAGUCUACUAUUUAUUGUACCGAUCAGCUUGUAAUCAGAUGGGUCUACCGUUUAUGAAGCCUGAUGAAGCCUACAGACACAUUCCUCCCUAUCCAAGCUUUCUAAUUCCACAGCUACGGAAGACUUUGGGCAUUCCUUCCGAUCAAUAUCUUUUGGUGGCAUUUGAUGAAAUUGGUGUCCUUGACGAAAGUCUCGACGAAUUUCAUUUCAAGAGAACCCAUGACGGUAGAGUUCGACCAUACAACGACUUUUUCGGUAUCAUUAGUCAAUUGUGCAAAGAACCCGACUUGUUUUUUAUAGUUGUUGGGAAAAGCAAGGGUUUAAGUAUUAAGAAUGAUAUCGCUUCUGUAAAUGAAUUGGCAGAUUCGUUAUUGGAAUGUACAGGUGGAGUUCCUGGUUUGUUGACUCGUGCAGUAAAUAUGCUUUUGAAUUAUAUAAUAGCAAGAAAUCAGCCUUUCAUAUCGAAAGAAGAAUGUUUGACAUGUAUGAACGACGACAAUUUCCGAAGAAUUUGCACUGAACCAUUUGUGGAACGAAUAUUGAAUUUGGACGAAGAUAGAAAAAGUGUUUUUGAUAUACUUUUAAUGAUGGCACUUUAUCGUAUACCGUUUCAAGUAGAUGACAUAUUGACCUCGGAGUCCUUUUUAUAUGAUGCAGUCACUGAAAUGGGAUUAUAUCGAUAUCCUAUUGACGAGAAUACUUUCCAAAUCCUGAUUCCAAAAGUAUUUGUUGGAAUCUUCAAGAAGGACCCUUCCAUAUCUUCUUUGGAAAAGAUACUUCUUGGAUCACUUGAUGUCGAACCAGUAGAUUGUUUCUUUUAUUCAAAGUGUCGUGUAUUUGAAGGAAUAGGGCUUUACGACUAGUUUUGAUGUUCCUUCAAAGAAUCGAAAUAC